AUGGGCUUCUCGGCGCGCGAUUGGCCGCUCUCGCAAAGCCCACGUGCCCCACCGCGGCGAUAUUGUGAUGCAUUGGCGAACGCGACGGGACAAAGGACGCUUUUGUACGCAAGCAGAAGGACGCCAUGUUCAUUUGUCAACGGACAAGGUGUUCCCGUGCGGCCGUGCGAGAUGAGCGGCGAGCCAACUGUUCCCGGACGAGAGUCGGCGGACCAAUUCGCGGGAACGGACGAUCAUCCCUCGUCCAUCUCGUCCGAUUCUCAUUCCGUCCCGAGGAGCCCCGGCGCCGAGUCGCGGAAGCGCAAACGCGAGGAGUACGAGAUGCAGCUGUUCAACUUCCAUUCCCGGGCCGUAUACGCGACUUUGAAGAGUAUUGUAACGGAAAAUAUACAGUCUAAAAGCAAAAAAUUAUGCAAAGCUUUGGAAGAUAAUAAAUCAUAUUCUGGAAACCUAAAAAUGAAUGAAGCGCAACUUAUAAAAGCAUACUAUACUGCUUCCUUAUCUCAUUUGAAGGACAUAAAGAAUAUCGUGAACAAAUUCAUUACUGUACCAAACAAUGUUUUGGCAGAUGAAGAUAAGCUUCAAAGAGUACAAUAUACGGAAGCAGAGUUUGUAAAUAUGCGUAAGAAACUGGAGGAAUUUCAACAAAGAGCAAAACGAGCAACUGUAUUAAAUGCAGCAUUAAAGGAGGAAUUACAAAUGACAGAGCAAUGUUUGAUACAUGUGGAUAACAAUGGCAGAUUGAUUCAAAUAAUUGAAAAUUUAAUUGAUGCCGUCGAAAUGGUGCCGAAUGUCAGGCAUAAGAUUCAUCAAUUAAUCAAAAAUUUUAAUCAAUUCAAUUCAUAUUUCAACAAUGGAAUAUCUAUAUCGCAAAAGUCGCUUUACAAUACGAUUGAUGAUCUAAAAUGUGUAGAUUAUGACAUGGAUAUCUUAUGAUUAUAGAAAAGAAAAAAUUAUUCUCGUGAUUUUUGAAUCUAUUACUAACAUGUUAUUA